AUGUUCAUCUCUGACUGCCGCCGGGAGUUUUACGACGUGAUUGUCAACCAGCGUGUUCUUCUUCUUGUUGCUUCAGAUGUGGAUGCAUUAUGUGCUUGUAAAAUACUCCAAGCUUUGUUUCAAUGUGACCAUGUGCAAUAUACACUCGUACCAGUAUCUGGAUGGCAAGAACUUGAAACAGCCUUUCUUGAGCAUAAAGAUCAGUUCAAAUAUUUUGUUCUUAUUAAUUGUGGGGCCAAUGUUGACCUUCUGGAGAUCUUGCAGCCUGAAGAAGACAGCUUUUUUUUCGUGUGUGACAGCCACAGACCUAUCAAUGUCGUGAAUGUUUACAAUGACACACAGAUUAAGUUGUUAGUUAAACAAGAUGAUGAUCUCGAUGUUCCUGCUUAUGACGAUAUCUUCAGAGAUGAAGAGGAUGAAGAAGAGGACUCAGAAAAUGAAAAUGAUGAGUCAGAACCUUCAGAAAAACGUAGACGUUUUGAAGAGGAUGUGAUUGAGAGAACGAUGAAGAGGCGACAAAGGCGAGAAUGGGAGGCACGCAGACGAGAAAUUCUGUUUGAUUAUGAGCAAUAUGAAUAUCAUGGGACCUCAUCUGCAAUGGUGAUGUUUGAUCUGGCGUGGAUAAUGUCUAAAGACUUGAAUGAUAUGUUGUGGUGGGCAAUUGUUGGCCUAACAGAUCAAUGGGUCCAUGAUAAAAUCACUCAAAUGAAGUAUGUGACUGAUAUUGGGAUCCUCCAGCGGCACGUCUCUCGCCAUAACCACCGCAACGAGGAUGAAGAGAACUCUCUGUCGAUUGAUUGCAUGCGAAUAGCAUUUGAGUAUGAUCUGUGCCUGGCACUCUACCAACACUGGUCUUUAUAUGAAAGUCUCUGUAACACCUCAUAUACCUCUGCUAGCCUUAAGCUUUGGUCUGUGCAGGGGCAGAAGAGGCUCCAGGAAUUUUUGGCUGACAUGGGUUUACCUUUGAAGCAAGUGAAACAGAAAUUUAAUUCCAUGGACAUGUCCUUGAAAGAAAAUCUUCGGGAGAUGAUUGAAGAAUCAGCAAACAAGUUUGGAAUGAAGGAUUUAAGAAUUCAGACCUUCAGCAUUCACUUUGGCUUUAAGAACAAGUUCUCAGCAAGUGAUAUAGUAUAUGCAACAUCUUCCCUUAUGGAGAAUGUAGAGGAAGGGGGGCCUGAAACAACUAAUUUCAUUAAAGCUUUGGACAGUCUCUCCAGAGGUAACCUGGACAAACUGCACCAAGGACUGGACCUAGCCAAAAAGCAGCUACGUGCCAUUCAGCAGACAGUUGCCAGCUGUAUUUGCACCAACCUUGUUAUUUCUCAGGGGCCUUUUCUCUAUUGUUCUCUCAUGGAGGGCACACCCGAUGUGAAGCUGUUUUCUAAACCAGUGUCUCUGUGCCUGCUUAGUAAAUACUUACUCAAGUCCUUUGUUUCCUCUACAAAAAACAAGCGUUGUAAAUUGCUGCCACUGGUAAUGGCUGCACCCAUGGAUAUUGAACAAGGAACUGUGAUUGUGGUGGGGAUUCCUCCAGAGACACAAAGCUCUGACAAAAAGAACUUUUUUGGGAGAGCAUUUGAAAAAGCUGCAGACAGUACCAGUUCUAGGACUCUGCACAACCACUUUGACAUGUCAAUCAUUGAAUUGAAAACAGAAGACAGGAGCAAAUUUCUGGAUGCACUCAUUUCUCUCCUGUCCUAA